AUGAGUUAUAUCGGUAUCAUUCGAGAAGAGUUAUACCGGUAUCCUUUGGGUACGGUUAUUUUUGACAUCUUAGAGACACUAGCAUUUGAAAUUAAAAACUACAAACCCUUUGAUAGAGCGGUUAUUAUGAUUUUCAAUGUUAGCUCCAAAGGUGUGCAAAAAAAGCUAUAUGAUGAUACCGCUGGCUUAUUUCAUCUAUUUGGUGGAGCCGUGCUGGCGAAUACCGAAAACAGAGUAACUGAAUUUGGGCCGAAUCAUACCUAUCACAAAUGGAUCAAUGAACUCUUAACAUUCUCUCUAAGUCUGUAUUAUCGAACCCAACAAUUGCUCAUAUUGUUUGCGAAUCGAGCUCUGAAAACGCCAUGGAUAGAGUCACUGCUAAGUACGGCAUUCUUCAUUGCUUGUCGGUCACAUGGAUAUUCAGCGAGGAGCAAAUGCAAUAUGCACUGCUUCCGACUGCGAGGGGGCGACGCAUUCUGCUUCUAUUGCCAAGACACAAGGAUCAUCAGGUGCAACCAGAGUUUAUGACGGGUUGAUUUAACCCAAAUGAGAAUGGACAACAUGAUGCACCUUAACCGAAAUGCAAGCCAUGGGAAUAUAAUUUUCCAAUAUUAGUUCUCGAAGAGCCUAAAUUUUCUCCUUUAAAGUGAAACUAUCAAUUCUGCUACUGAGAAAAAUGUCCUCUGCUUUUGGGGGCAACAUGAGUGCGAAUUCGAACAAUGUUUCUCCUUCCAUAAGCCGCGGCAGUAGAAACUCAUCUGGAACUGCUCAUAAUGAACGGAGAGUACCAGUAGGUGCUGUGGUUGCAAUGGAGACAACCUUUGGGGGUUAGCCGCGACACUGUUCAGAGGAUUUUGGCUUUAUUCAGGGAGGAAUUAGAUAAGUUGUCCCGUGAGAAGAAAGGACCAAAAACAACUAUUCCUACAGUUGUAACUAAUCUUUUCCAAAAACACCAAAGAUGCUUGAACGCGUUGGACAUGUUUCAGGAAUACAUGUCGGUGACAGAUUUAAGUACUGGGCAGAAUUGUUUGUCCUCGGCCUUCACUGUUAGCGAUCAAAUGGUAUCGAUUUCAAGAGGGGUGAAAAAGGUCAAAAUCUGGCUAUAAGCAUUGUGGCUUCUGGGUGCUAUGAUAAUGACAUGAGCUUCCCUGAUGAAAUAGUUUAUUGUGGACAGGGAGGGAAUCCGACUGUCAGUAGAAGAAUAGUCGAUCAGAGAUGGACAGGAGGUAACCUUGCUUUGAGGAACAGCAUGCGAGCGAGAAGCCCUGUGAGAGUUAUUCGCGGGUUCAAGUACUCCAAGCCUUCAGUCACAGAUGGCAUGAAGUCUGCGUAUGUAUUUGAUGGGUUCUACUAUGUCAAGGAGUGGAAA